AUGGAAAUCAUGCCAUGUUCUACAACAGGUUUGUUUGAGGUUAAAGAGAAACAUGGGAACUUUGAUGUUAUUUUUGUAAGGAAAUCAUAUGGAUAUGGUAAAUGGGAGGCAAUUGGACUAAUAUUCUCAGAAACCAUGUGUCAUGUCCCAACAUAUGAUAUGCCUUCAUUGGGAAUUUCUAGUGAUAAAUUUGGCGAUGAAAAUGAUAAAGAAUCAUCUUCAAAUGAUGUGUUUCUUGUAUCUCCUCGCUCUAAAAAACUGCUAGGAUGCCCACAAAGAAA